CAGUGAUUGAAUCAAAUGCAAAGCUCUGUUCUUUAGACUUGGUUGUCUGCAACACUAGUCUCUCUAUUUGACCGAAAGGGUAAUUAAGAACCCAUUUUAAUUCCAAAGAAACCACUCAAUUUAGAAUUCUUUUGUUCCCAUUUCCUGUUCUUUUUUUUAAUUCAAGAAAAACUCCCUCGACUGUUCCAAAAAAGAAAAAAAAAAAAACAGAAAACGAAAAGAUCGCUCGACAGAACCAGAAGGCAUUCAGAUUCUCUAUUAUUUUUAUUAUUAUUUUGUUAUAAUUUCUUCCAACUACCCAAAUAAUAUAUGCAGAGAUCUAUGAUCUCUAGUAAUUGCUGUUACAUGCUGCACCAAAGAUUCAAGACUGGCAAACUCAUCUCUAUACACUUUCUUGCCCACAAAAGAUCUUCUUCUUUUGCUUGGCCAUCAGUUGCAAAUAAUCAUUCUUUUGGGUCUUUAUCAUUUCCUUCGCUGGUCCUUUGGAGAGGUUACAGCAGUAAAACUUCAUUGUUGAUCAGGAAAAUGUCUACAAGAAGUUCAAUGUCGAUUGAGAAGCAGAUGGUUCCUGAAAAUGAAGUUGAGCAGGUUAAAUUGCUUGAUGCAGUUGAGGAUUUACAUGGAGGGGUUGUUGUAGAAAUGAAGGAAAAUAUGGACUCUGAGAUUUUUGUUCCUUUACUUAGAGCGUCUAUGUCACAAUGGAGGUAUCAGGGGAAGAAGGGUGCUUGGAUCAAAUUGCCAAUUCAACUUUCCUAUUUGGUUGAUCCUGUAGUUCAGGCUGGAUUUAGGUAUCAUCAUGCAGAAGCAGAUUACUUGAUGUUGGUGAAAUGGCUGCCUAGUACUCCUGAUACUCUUCCAAUUAAUGCAUCACAUCGAGUGGGUAUUGGAGCAUUUAUAGUCAAUAAUAAUAGAGAGAUGCUUGUAGUUCAGGAGAAGAGUGGUGGAUUCAAAGGUACAGGAGUAUGGAAACUACCUACUGGGGUAGUCAAUGAGGGCGAGGACAUUUGUAAAGCUGCAGUUCGAGAAGUUAAAGAAGAAACUGGAAUAGACGCAGAGUUUGUGGAAGUCUUAGCAUUCAGGCAAAGCCACCAGUCCUUUUUUGGCAAAUCAGAUUUGUUCUUCGUUUGCAUGCUACGACCUCUCUCCUUCAACAUCCAGGUGCAAGAGUCAGAGAUUGAGGCCGCCCAGUGGAUGCCAAUUGAGGAGUACGUGAACCAACCAUAUAAUCAAAAAUACCAGCUGUUCAAGUAUGUUGCUGAAAUAUGCAAAGCUAAAUCGGAGAGGGACUAUGUUGGGUUUAGUGCAGUGGCUGUAGCCACAGCUUCUGGUAAAGAGACCUAUAUGUACUUCAACAACAGGGAUUUCAGCAAACUGUAAUACAUUUAUAUAGUAGAAUCCGAUAACCCUUACCAUUGGGUGGCCUAUAAUUGAUAGCCGGUAACCGAUGAUUGAUGAAUAAUAGUUAGUAGUGGAUAAUUAAUAGGCAUUUGAAAUGUAGUUGGAAGCUAUGGUUCAUGAAAUAAUCAAUUGCAGCAAGGGCAUGUUCUAGCAUGUAUCUGCAAAAUAUUUAUGUGAAA